AUGGUUCCUGUUUAUUUAUUUUAUUUUGUCAUUCAUCCUGUAUAUAGUUAUUCUGUAAGCUACCCAGAAGAUGAAACGAACUCAACUUUAGAAAAUAGUAUUGCUCUAAGUGGAAAAAAAUUUACUGUUGAUGGACCUCUCAAUCCAACCCACCAACAAACACAGUUUGAAAGCAGAGGUGGAAUUUGCGAGCUAUAUCAUGGAAAAUUAUGUAGUGAAUACCUUGCCAACAAGACUGUUUAUAUACCCAAUCAUUCGAAACAAGUAGAUCUAGAAGAGAAACUGAAAUCUGCUUUUUCAGUUGUCACUCUCUCAAGCGAUCUUUCUAAAACAUGUCAAGCCUAUGCAGUUCCUUCUUUGUGCUAUGCAGCAUUUGCUGUCUGCAGAGAUGAGCCAACUGAACCACCUCGAUAUAUCUGUAGAAGAGACUGUGAAUUACUUGAAAAUGAUAUUUGUCGUAAAGAAUAUGCCAUAGCCAAACGUCAUCCUCUUAUUGGUAAAAAUCUUCCUAUGCCUUCUUGUUCUGAUUUGCCUCCUGACCUUCACAGUAGUGACUGUGUAUCACUUGGUGUACCUCAGCCGCAGCCUGUAGAUCCAGGAGACCAUUGUUACUGGGGUCGAGGAGAGGGAUACAGAGGAGCAGUGGGUGUUGGUGAAUCGGGUCAGCCAUGCGUUCCUUGGUCAGAACAAUUUCUUAUCGCAACAUCUGACCAUCAUGAGCUGCUCGGACAGCAUAACUACUGUAGAAAUCCUGGAUCUCGGCAUUCUCAGCCAUGGUGUUACACCCAUCAUGAUGCCCUCAUUCGUGAAGAGAUGUGCAAUAUUAAUAAGUGUGUUGAAACUUUAUGGAUAUAUCUCUCUUUUGGAGCUUGUGGAGCCUUGAUUCUCAUCAUUAUUGUUCUUUCAUACUGCUGUUGUACAUCUCGAAAACGUUCGCAGACUAGUGCAGGAGAAAAUGAUUCGAAUCUGAAGAAUGUGAAGAACUCACCUUGUCGUAAAGGUAAAGGUAGUGGACUCGAAAUGUCAGCUUUAAUUCCUGGAUCUGGUUCGUCAUCAGUGAAAAGUGAGGCACGUGUUAGAGAAUUUCAUCCUUCAAGUAUUCGUUUUAUUCAGGAACUUGGAGAAGGAGCCUUUGGUAAGGUUUAUAAAGGAGAGAUCUCAGGUGGAGUUGGGGAAGAACCCAUGCCUGUAGCUAUUAAAACUCUCAAGGAAAAUGCUACUGCUAAAACAGCUGCAGAUUUUAGAAGAGAGGUGGAAUUGAUGUGCGAACUACGUCAUGAAAACAUAGUCUGCCUCUUAGGGGUCUGCCUGAGCCGGGAGCCGCUCUGUAUGCUCUUUGAAUUCAUGCCACGUGGUGAUCUCCAUGAAUUUCUUAUCUCACACUCGCCUCAUUCUGGAGCUCCAUUGACUCAGCAUGAACUACUUUCCAUCGCUACUCAUAUCGCUGCUGGCAUGGAGUACUUAUGCAGCCACCAUUACGUGCAUCGAGAUUUGGCUGCUCGUAAUUGUCUUGUCUCAGAAAAUUUAACUGUAAAAAUAUCAGAUUUUGGUCUUUCAAGGGAUGUUUACUCAUCUGAUUAUUAUAGGGUUCAAAGUAAAUCCUUACUUCCAGUAAGAUGGAUGCCUCCUGAAUCUAUUCUUUAUGGAAAAUUUACCACAGAAUCAGAUGUGUGGAGUUAUGGAGUCGUGUUGUGGGAAAUUUACAGUUAUGGGUUACAGCCUUACUAUGGAUACAGCAAUCAGGAGGUGAUUGAAAUGAUCAGGUCCCGCCAGUUGCUCCCCUGCCCCGAGGACUGCCCGUCGUGCAUGUACUCAGUCAUGAUGGAGUGUUGGCACGAGGUUCCACUCAGGAGACCACACUUCCCAGAGAUCACCGCUCGCCUCAGAUCAUUCUCGACCAUGAGGCCCAUUUAUUCUCAGCCGAGUCCUCCGCACGUAUAG